AUGGAUGUAGGUGCGCAGGAGGAGAGGAGUCCCAGCCAGGCCAGCAUCCGCUCGGAUUGGAGUGAGGCUGCAAAGGCGUCAGCAAAGGCUGCCAAACAGGACAACGUUCGCAGCCGCAGUGGCAGCCGGCGAAGAAGGAGGGACAACAGUCGCGACUGCAGCCCUGGCCAGCGGAAGCCGAAUGACUGGAACGUCGAGUCAAUGAGGAUCACGGCAGACGACGCGGCUGCUCUGACGUUUGGGGCAGGCGGACGCACGGUCGAACGCAUUGCUCGCGUGUCUGAGGCAGAGGUGGAGCUUCUUGACAAAGACUUGGUUCUGGAGAUGAGAGGCUCAGACUUGCAAAGACGCAGAGCCAAGAAAUAUGCAAACAUCAUAAUGAAGCAACGCAUGGGUCCAAAUGUCAUCACUGACGACUUUGAGGAUGGGGAUCUCACAGUCCUUAGUGUGCCGCCAGAUGUGGUGGGCUAUGUGCAGGGCCAAGGUGGCAGCGUCCUUCGCAGCAUUGAGGAGGAGUGGGGAACCCUAAUGGUUUUCAUCGACACCGACCUCUCAAAAGCCCAGCGUCUGGCAAUCUUCGGUAGCAUCCGGGGCCGGCGUGGCUCAGAGCUGAAAGUCCUUAGCGCUGUGGAGACGAAGAUGUCUGGCUACUUUGCGUCAGUGCGGGAGAUGAUCAUCAGCCGUGACAAGUACAAGGAUCCGACAUCCACUUGGGGAACUGACACGAUGACAUUUCGAGACGAAGGUGAGAUCUCGUAUGCCUUGGGCAAGCAGGGUGGCACAAGGAAGAAAUUGGAGCGCUCUUCUGGAGCUAUCGUCCAAUACGUGGGCAUGGUGGCGGUUGUUUCGGGCACUAAGUCAGAGCGCUGUAGAGUUCGCGAGUACAUGAAGUGGCUCUUUCAACAGCUCGAAGGCCCCGUGUAUGUGGCUGGCUGGGAAGAUCGCGAGGAUUGCACCGUGGUUGACAUACCCAGUGAUUGUAUUGGGUACAUUACAGGCAAUCGGCGGGCAACACUCGGCCUUAUGGAGGAGGAGUGGGGAACGCUAAUGUUCUUCAUGAGUGAGGAUGGUGCGCGUGGUAGUCGAGGAGGUGGCACAGAGAGGCUUGCCAUCUUCGGACCCCAGCGGCCGCGUCGCGGAUCGGAGCUCAAGGUAAUGAGUGGGAUCGAAACGAAGAGCCCUGGAUUCUUUACUCGAGGCAUCCGUGAAAAGAUGUCAGAAAGAAGAGGUUUCGAUACUGAUCGCAUGUUGUUUCGCGAUGAUGAACUCAGUUACGCGCUGGGCAAAGAUGGUGCAACGAGAAAGAAGCUUGAACUUGCCUCUGGAGCUAUUCUGCAGUACGUUGGGCACGUUGCCUUCAUAGCUGGCACGCUCAAAGAACGCAGAAGAUGUCGUGAAUUUGUGAACUGGCUUCUUCAACAGCGGCGGGGCUCCGUCACCAUAACGGAUUUGACACGGCGUGACGAUGUCACGGAGGUCAAAAUCCCAGACAGCUGCAAAGGCUGGGUCACAGGUAAUCGCGGAAGUGAACUUCGGCGCAUGGAGCAGGAGACUGGCACCUUCAUGUUCAUGGCCCUGGAUUCGCGAGGUGAUGAGAGGUUGCUCAUCUUCAGCACCUAUGCCGGCACGAAGACUGGCAUCGGAGGGCGCCGGCACGCAGAACGACUUGUCAAUGAGAUGAUUGACGAGAAGCUGCGUAACGACAUGGAUCGCCGUGGUCGAGGCCGCUCACGCUCUGACAGUCGCCGGCCCAGUCCGAGGAGACGACGCUCCAGCCGGUCGCGCUCUUGGUCUCCUGCUCAGAGGCCGCGAAGUCCACGCGGCAUGCGAAGCUGGGACUAG